AUGUCGAUCAAGACCUCCAACAAAAUCCUACCUGAUCUGUCUAAACUUGAGCCACUUGACGGAACGAACUACCGCCAUUGGUCCCAAAAGUUGUUAAUCUUCUUUGAGCAACUAGAAGUUGAUUAUGUCCUCACUACAGAUCUGCCGUCCUCUGACCCCCCAACUACCACUUCAACAUAUUCUAAUCCAGAAUCAUCUACGGGGUCUCCUACUACUGUCGCUGUCGCUGAUCAAGUAAAGAAGGACCAAGUGAUCGAUCCUGAAAAAUAUGCAAAGGAUAACAAGACCGUUCGAGGACACCUGUUAAACCAUAUGUCAGAGCCGAUGUUUGAUCUGUUCGUAGUCCAAAAAUCUGCCAAGGACAUCUGGAGCACCCUGGAAUCACGGUAUGGAGGAGAUGAUGCUGGACGAAAAAAAUAUGUGGUUGGAAAAUGGCUACAAUUCCAGAUGACUGACGACAAGCCAGACGUAGAACAAAUACAUGAGUACGAGAACCUGGUGACAAACGUCCUGUCUGAAGGCAUGAAGAUGUGCGAAAUACUUCAAGCAAAUGUCCUGCUGGAAAAGUUUCCUCCAUACUGGAAUGACUACCGUAAUCAUCUCAAGCACAAGAAGAAGGAUCUAAAGCUCCAGGAACUCAUCAGUCACAUGCGCACGGAAGAAGCCAACAGACUGAAAGAUAAGUUAGCCUCCCAAAAUUUAAAUUCAGAUAAUGCUAACUUAGUCAAAUCGUCUUUUGUGAACAGAGACAGAACGAAGCAGGAAAAAGGGCAUAAAGGGAAAAACUCAGAGAAGAGACAGUUCAAGACUACUAGGGGACAAAUUAAGAAGAAAAAGCUGGUCUGUUACGUGUGCAGAAAGGAAGGACACAAAUCAUACCAAUGCAACCAGAGGAAAAGGAGACCAAGUCAGUAA